ACAUUGUUAACUUAUUUUCUAGCUGUUUAUGAUAAACGUAUUUGCUUUUCGGUAUACGUAAUAACAUAGGGAUUAUUUAUAAUAUGUACUUUACAUAAUCUGAGAUGGCGACAACAGUACCACCACCGAAUCUUUCGGCACGCUUUUUCUACGGCCUACGGACGGACAUCCUAUUCAAUGCACAUUACGUGAACGAGUCGGACAUAAUAUAUCCAGCAGGCGGCGUCAUAGUUAUAUACAACCAUCUUCAGAAGAAGCAGAAAUUUAUUAGACUUCAAGAUAAGCACAAACCUAUCAAGUCCUUAGUCUUGGCUCCAAACAAGCGAUGGCUUGCGCUUAACGAGAUAGCUGAAGAAGGACAAAAACCAAUCAUAACUAUUUAUGAUUUGACAACAUGCAAACGCCGCAAAAUACUGACUGUUCCGUUCGAAAAUUCCACUGCGCGUGAAUUUGCUUGCGUACAAUUUACCUUCGACUCAAAGUACCUCGUGGCCAUAACCGGGGAACCUGAUUGGUAUUUGUAUUAUUACAACUGGGACAAAGGAAAGGUGGAGAGCCACGCAAAAGCACAAAACCCAAGUGGUCAAGGAACUGUCGAAAGUGUACAAUGCAACCCUGCAGAUGCGACGCUAGUGGUAAUCACUGGACCAUACACGUUUCGUAUUAUGAAUGUCUCAGAAACUGUCUGGAGACAAUGGGGAUGGUGCAAAGCUGAAAACAUCAACAUCACGACCUGCAUGUGGUUGACGCCGGACCGUAUCAUGUUCGGCACCGACAACGGCAUCAUCAUGAUGGUCGAGAACGGGGAACUGCGCCAGAACUGCGUGUUUAACGCCCUAGAUGUCACUGAGAUGUCGUUGAAAAAAGUUGAGACGGAGGCAGCGGAAGAAGGUGGCGACAAGACCAGUACAACAAGCAAAGACAACCAGAGUAAAGCAGAGAGCGAACAUUCGAUAGACACUGACAGAGAGGUUUAUCCAGUCACCAAUUUCGUCAAUUUUCCUAAAGGUUUUGUCUUCGGUUGUGGACAAGGCUACGUGCACAUGUUCGAAAAAGAAUCGCCUCAUCACUGGAGGAAGCGAAAUGUAUUUAGGAUUUCGAGGAAGUGUUAUAAACAUACUCGGGAUUAUCCGAUUUGGUCUCACCUCGACGCCGUACAGCAUAUCGCUGUAGAUCCCAAUCAAGAAACUCUGCUUAUAACAACACUUCGGAAACAACUGUAUUAUGUCAAGCUAUUUGGACAGCAUAUGUUGCAGAACCCAGAAAUUGCAUUCAACGAGCUCGGCCCGGCGAUGCACUACGGACCUAUCAACUCGCUAUCCAUGUGCGCCUGGAAGCCCAUCUUCAUCACAGCAGGCGAACAGGACAAGAGCAUUCGGAUUUGGAACUACUUGACUGACGAUAUUGAAAUGAUUAAGUUGUAUCAAGAGGAGAUUUCAUGCGUGUCUUUACAUCCUACUGGUCUUUUUGCUGUAAUAGGUUUCUCAGACAAAUUACGAUUCAUGGUGGUAUUGAUCGACGAUUUCGAAGUAAUGAGAGAGUUUCCAAUAAGAAAUUGCAAACGGGCCAAGUUUAGUACUAACGGUCAUCUCUUCGCCGCUGUCAACGCUCAAGUCAUACAAGUGUUUUCGUCCGUUUCGUUUAAUAAUGUGUACAAUCUAAAGGGGCAUAAUGGAAUUAUUACAUCUCUGACAUGGUCCGCUAACGAUCUAUGGUUGGUGUCCUGCGGCAACGAGGGCGCCGUGUACGAGUGGAGCAUGUCUACAGGGCAGCGAGUCGGUGAAGUCAUACUGAAGACCAACCAGUUCGCUUCUUGUGCCGUUAACAGCCUCGGAAAAAUAACGUAUGCUGUAGGCAGUGACGGGGAAAUCAAAGAAAUUGGCUCUAAUACCAUCCGAAGGAACCUGCCAUUGCUUGGCUGCGCACUCGACACUAUAUUAUUGUCUCGCUCUGACACGAUGCUGUUCAUUACCGGCGGAGAGGGAGGGGUUACGACAGUAAAUCUACCACUUUUGGAUAAAGCUAUUUAUAAUGAGUUCCAUAUGCACAACAAGAAAGUGACUUGUAUAGCUCUCGCCUAUGACGAUCAAACGCUGAUAUCCGUGGCCGAAGAUGCCUCUAUUUGUAUAUGGCGAUUGACGAAUGCUGAAGGAAGAGCAAUUGCUUUGGAUAAGGAUUUCGCUUACUCUAAGGAGAUAUUGAUUAGUAAAAAAGAUUUGAAGGAGAAAAUUAAUAGCAUCAAUCUACUUAGUACAAGAAUGAGCGAGUUAGAAACCGAACACUCGUACCAACUUCGCCAAGCUGAAGCAACGCAAGCGGAAAAAUUGAAAGAGGUACACGAGGGCUACUGCGCGGCCAUUGACGAACUCAAGGAAAAGAAUGAGACAAUGGAGAACGAACAUAGCCAUGAAAUCGGUAUGAUUCAGCAAGAUAUUGCAAAACUGCGUUCAGGACACGAGAGAACUCUGCAAGCAUUGGAAGCGGACUUCAAUAUUAGGCUUAUUGGCGAAUACGAUAGAUACCAGAGUCUGGAAGAUAAAACAGCUCGGAUGCGUAAAGACUAUGAGCAGCGUCUGGAAAACCUCGCCGAGAGCAAACGCCAAGCCCUGCGGGAGAUGAACAACAUGUUCGAGGCCAAGUUAGAGGAAAAGGAGAUGCUGUUAAUGGAGUUACAAGAACAAGCCGACUUAGAGAAACGAGAACAUGAAACUAUCAAAUCGUCCAUCGAAGAAGACGCGGAUCGCGAAAUAAUAGAAAUUAGAACUUCGUACGAAGUGCAGUUGAAAGAAGAAAAGGAUGCAAAUGUCAGGCUUAAGGGAGAGACCGGUCUUAUGAAGAAAAAAAUGAUUGCCGCACAUAAGGAAAUCGAAGAGUUUAAAGUUCAAGUGGCGCAGCUGAAAUUGGAACACAUACAGUUUCAAAAGGUGAUAUCAAACCUAGAGCGCGAUGUGACGGAUUUGAAAAAAGAGAUACAAGAAAGGGAUGGAACCAUUCAGGAUAAAGAAAAACGUAUAUAUGAUCUAAAACGUAAGAAGCAGGAAUUAGAGAAAUACAAGUUCGUUUUGAACUUCAAGAUUACAGAGUUGAAAAAUCAGAUUGAACCUAAAGAAAGAGAGGUAGCCGAGUUGAAAAUUCAAAUAGAUGAUAUGGAAAAUGAAGAGCUCAAGCUAUUAAAUAUAAAACAUGAACUUGAACUCAAAAUCACUCGGCUGAAUGAACAGUUAACUUCGGCAAAAAAGGAUUUCAUGAACCAAGCCGAAAUGAAUCUACAACUGAAAAGCACGUUGAAGAAGAUUAAAAUUGAUCUUCACAACAUGACGGCGAACUUCCAAGAUCCGAACAAACUCAAGUUAAACGUGAAGACGUUAUUCCACAAGUACGUGGAAGACAUAGAUUUCGUGCGAAGCCGUGUAGCGGAGAACGAAGCCAUCCGCGAGUUUAACCGGCAACGGGAGCACUUGGAGAAGCAGGUGGCCGGCUACAGGCAGCAGCUCGCCAAGGCGCAGGGGGGCUCCAAGAACGAUAUCAAUAGGAUUAUGGACGAGAAUUGCACCCUUUUAUCCGAGAUCAAUAAUCUACGGACGGAGCUGAAGUCCACGCGGUCACGGUGCUUCCAAAUGGAGUCCAUCUUGGGAUUGUCGGCGCGCUACAUUCCGCCCGCCAUCGCUCGCGCCAAGUUGAAACACGUCACAGAGGACAGGGACAAGUUAGAUGAGAAGUUCAAGCAGAAAAUUGAGGAAAGAGAAGAAACUAUAGUCGCCUUGAAGGAGGAAAACGACCGUCUGCUUGGCAAGAUGCGCUGCGUAGAGGACGCGGGCGAAGGCUCGCCGCGACCCAGCACACCGUAGUUAUAUAAAUAUUAAAUUUAAUUAUGAAUCGACUU